AAAUGUGUAUCGUUGACAUCUAGGUGGUUAAGAAGAAGGAAGUUACAGAAAGGCUUUGCAUCUAGCAUGCUAGUAACUACAGCUGACCGGAAUCUUUGAACUUUUUAUUUGAAAGAGUUUUGCAUGUUGUUGAUGUCUUUGAAUGAUCCCAGUCAGAGCUCCUGUCAGUGAUCAAAUGGAGUACACGCCGUACACUUUUCCCCCGGGUAACGCCUCCAUCUCCUCCUCCGUUCUCUCCCUCUGCCCCAGCGCCGCCACGCUCUUCUUCCUCCCCUCCGCCUACACGCUCCUCUUCCUCACCGCUCUCCCGGGCAACGUGCUGUCCUUGUGGGUGUUCCAGCGUUGCAUCUCCACCGCCUCCCCCAUCCACGUCUACCUGUCCCACCUGAGCAUCUCCAACCUGAUGCUGUCCGUCACCAUGCCCUUCCUCGCGGCCUAUUUUGCUCUCGGCUCAAGCUGGAUGCAGAGCGGCUUCCUGUGUCAGCUGGUCCUGCACGGUAUCACCCCGGUGUUCCACAUCAACAUCAACAUAAGCAUGACCAUCCUCACUCUGGUGGCCCUCAGCCGCUUCGCCGCCAUCAUCCGGCACACCCACGCCUCCAGGCAGAGCGGCUGUGUGACGCUGCUGCCUCACGGCUUCUUCGCCCGUCUCACGAGGGCCUCCUUCGCCAGUAGAGUGUGCGCCGGCGUGUGGGUGGUGGCGGUCGGGGGCACGGUGCCGGUGACGGUUUACUACUCCGUGAAGGAAGCUGUGAGCGGCGAGGCGCCCGCUAAGGACGGAUGUGUGGAGGUGUGCUACAACCCGGCGGUGGAGAUAGGGGGCAGUUUUUCUGCAAUGCUCGCCGUGCCUGUUAUCACCCUGUUCUUCGUGUUUUACCUGCUGGUGCUGAUCUCCUACAUGACCGUGUUGAGGCAUAUCAAACGCUCACGCCGCAGCACAAAGGUCACAACCUCCCAGAGGCUGCUGGGUAGGGUGCUCCGCAACAUCGUGGUCAUCCAGGUUGUUCUUUCAGUUUGUCUGCUGCCGCACCACAUCUUCAAACCCAUCUUUCUUUCUUUGAUAAUCAACCAACGUCUGCAGAUGUAUUCACCUGGCCCCGACAUCUGCAACUCCUGUCAUCCACUCUCAACCUUCGUCGAGCUGAAGAACUGCCUGCUGCUUCUGGCUGCACUGAGAGGUUCAACUGACCCUCUGAUGUACUUCCUGUUAGACAAGACCUUCCGCCAUAAAACCCUCAGACUUUUAGGGUGGAACCAGAGCAGCCCGGGAGGCCAACAGAGGUCUUCGGUUAUUGGAAGUGACAAUCAGAGUGCUGGACAAAUGGAGGAUGGAACUGUGGAUUCAACUCAAAGAAGUGCUUUGUAGUUCUUUCGAAUGAAGUCUGACAUUUAAAACCUAUAAAGUGAUGGCGUCCUGGUGAUCUAGAGGUCAAUAUAUAAAUAUAUAAAUUGCAAUGUCUCAUCUAGCUAUGUCACAAAACCAAGUGUUAUGGUCUGUGGGGAUAAAAAAAAGUCUCAUUUUCAAAUGUACAAGGAAAUGUUUGUUGAGCGCCCGUCAUGUGCAACAACAGGAUAUAAAUAUUUGAUAUCAAUGUGUCAUCGACCUUGUUCAGUAAUUGCGUUUAAAUUAUUGAAGAGGGAUUACAGAAUGUGCACUGGUGUUUGUGAAGAAGGUGUUUUGAGACUGUAUUGGGAGGGAUUUUUUUUUUAAAGAAAACGAUGUUCUGUGAAGUGUGGCCCCUGCAGAUGCGUGUUGCCCGAGGGGCCCGGGCUUUUCAGACUGAAGAAGACAGCAGAGAGAAUCAGACUCAUACACACAAAUACAGAGGCCAGAGGAAAAACACACAGCACGUAUAAAAAGAAAUGGAGCCAGGAGAAUCCACACGGAGAGAAUAAUGAUGAGUGAUGAGCUACGAGCAUCAGUCCGUAGUAAUACACUGUCGCUGGAGGGAUACUAUACUGGAAAAAGUCUCAUCUUUGUGUAUGAAAUAUAUUAAAAAAUCUAUAUAUAUAUAUAAAAAAAAAAAAAAAAGAGUACGGACACCUUUUUUUGCAUAUUGAAGCAUUUACAUCAACGUAGCAAACAACAAGUUGUGAUAAAUUCUUCAGUGUGUCUUUAAUAAUAAUGAUAGUUCAAUAAAUGAAUCAGGAAUGUUGAUUGUUGUAUUAUAGAUGGCUCAACCUACUGAAAAUAAAAAUAAUUUUAAAACGACAACGAUCAUGACAGCUGGUUAGUAAAAGGAAGCUGAUGAGAGAGAUUGUGGUCACUCAAACAUGAUUUAUAAAAAGUGAGGGAGACUUUAUCUGAACGAUCUCAGUAGUAUAACACCAUUCUUUUGAAAAAAAACCUUGAGAACACAUUUCAUUGCUUGUGUGAAACUCUUUACAGCCCUUCAGAUGCGAAACAUUUGCUAUGCGGUUAUUAAAAAAAAAAGUCUCUUCAGUGAAAAGGCAGCAUGGGCAGGUCUAAUUUUAGUCAGUCUCACUUACCCUUGCCCAAAGUAACACGUUGAAGCUUAACUGAAUGCAUUUUAUCACUCAUUUACCGAGACCAAUUUCUCACUGAAUGGUUGGGACUGUUAUUUUAAUAAUUCCCCCAAUUGUUCAGCUUCAUUACAGAUACCAGCAGCCCGUAUCAGACUCUGUGUA